UCAGUGUUUACGUUGAGAUGCUCACAACAAAGGACAGCGCAACACGGACAGGCUGCUCUCUAACAUAACGCACCGGGGCUACAAAUACCUUUAAAGCUUCACUUAUUUCACUGCUGGGAAAAAAAAAAGGAAAACAGAUUAAAAAAAUCCUCGUUUUCCUCCGCUAUUUCUAUUACGUGGUUUAAUAUCUGAUUUACGAGCUCAGAAGCGGAACAAUUAAUGUGACAUUUCCUUCUGAGCACCAAGACAUUGAGAGAGGACUUCAUCAUCUGUAUCGCAGGCAGGAGGAGCAGUGCUGCGACAGGUGAACACAUGGAGCAUGAAAGGCUGGAGCUGAGGCUCAGCUGACCCCUCUCCCCUUCCAUCUCCUCCUCUCCCCCUCUUUCUCUAGUUGAUCAGUAGCUCCCCCUUUUCCUUCUUAUCCCUCCCUGCCUCACCCUGUUGGAUCUUAUCCGACCUCCCCCUGCAAGCCUCAGUCAGCAGGGCCCAAUGUAUUCCCCGGAGCAGGAAAACAUCUCCACCACCUCGUCCACCAAAGUGCCAGUGAAGUACGGGGAGCUCAUUGUGCUGGGGUACAAUGGCUCUCUGCCCAAUGGAGACCGAGGCCGACGCAAAAGCCGCUUCGCACUUUAUAAGAGGCCGAAGGCAAACGGGGUGAAGCCCAGCACAAUUCAUGUCGCCUGCUCCCCACAAGCAGCCAAGGCCAUAAGCAACAAAGACCAGCACAGCAUCUCUUACACUCUGUCGCGAGCCCAGACGGUGGUGGUGGAGUACACUCAUGACAGCAAUACUGAUAUGUUCCAGAUCGGUCGAUCCACAGAGAGUCCGAUAGACUUCGUGGUGACGGACACAGUGGCCGGCAGCCAGAGUAACUCAGACACCCAGUCGGUCCAGAGCACCAUCUCCCGCUUCGCCUGCCGCAUCAUGUGCCAGCGCACGCCGCCUUACACGGCUCGCAUCUAUGCCGCGGGCUUCGAUUCCUCCAAGAACAUAUUCUUGGGGGAGAAAGCUGCAAAGUGGAAGACGCUCGACGGACAGAUGGACGGGCUGACCACUAAUGGCGUGCUGGUGAUGCAUCCUCGCAACGGCUUUAUGCAGGACUCCAAACCGGGAGUCUGGAGGGAGAUCUCUGUUUGUGGAAACGUCUUCACCCUGCGAGAGACGCGCUCGGCGCAGCAGCGGGGGAAAAUGGUGGAGACUGAAUCUCAGGAGCUCGUUGACGGUUCACUCAUCGACCUCUGCGGCGCCACCCUCCUGUGGCGCACGGCUGAGGGCCUGUCCCGCACCCCGACCCUCAAACACUUGGAGGCGUUGCGUCAGGAGAUCAACGCGGCCCGGCCGCAGUGCCCCGUUGGUUUCAACACGCUGGCCUUCCCCUCCAUGCGGCGGAAGGACACUCCUGACGAGAAGCAGCCCUGGGUCUAUCUGCAGUGCGGCCACGUGCACGGUUACCACAACUGGGGGAACCACCGCGAGGAGAGGGAGGGCCGGGAGGGCCGUCUGAGGGAGUGCCCCAUGUGCCGGGCGAAAGGCCCUUAUGUGCCGCUGUGGCUGGGCUGUGAGGCGGGUUUCUAUGUUGACGCGGCUCCGCCCACUCACACCUUCAACCCCUGCGGACACGUCUGCUCUGAGAAGACAGCGGCCUUCUGGAGCCAAAUCCCCCUCCCACACGGCACCCACACUUUCCACGCCGCCUGCCCCUUCUGUGCCCAGCAGCUGAGCGGCGAGCGGGGCUUCAUCAGACUCAUCUUCCAGGGGCCCCUCGACUAGCCGGGAGGGGAGGGACCCCUCCGCAUGUUUUUCCUCUCUGGACCUUUUGCCUCUGUCUCCUUUUUAAGUGACCUUUGUAUUGAUUUUUCAUGAAUGACAAACAAAUUUCUAUAUUUUCAUGAAACCAGAGACACAAAACAAAAACCAAACAAAGAACACCGCGGGGUGAACUUUUGUUUCACGAAGAGAACUCUCAUCAGUAUUUAUCGAAAUCACUGACACGCCCUCGUGCAAACAUGCGAUUUUUGUUCGAGUAUUUGUUGCAAUACACAUGUGUACAUCUCUCAGAGCCUAUUUAAAGAAAUAUGUUUAUUUAUGACCCAGAACAUCGCUUCAACCUUUAUCUGUCAGAAAUCCCUAAUCCUGAAGUGAUUACCUUUAAAAAUCCAGCAUAUUGUUAAUCAUA